ACCCGGAAGUAGCCGUGGGCGUCGGAGCGGGCGGGCGGGACCGGCGCGGAUGUGGCGAGGCUGCUGAACGCAGGUUCCGCGGUAUGGCGGGGACGGCGUUGAAGAGGCUGAUGGCCGAGUAUAAGCAAUUAACCCUGAAUCCUCCAGAAGGAAUUGUGGCAGGCCCCAUGAAUGAAGAGAACUUUUUUGAAUGGGAGGCAUUGAUCAUGGGCCCUGAAGACACUUGCUUCGAGUUUGGUGUUUUUCCCGCCAUCCUGAGCUUCCCACUUGACUACCCCUUGAGUCCUCCGAAAAUGAGAUUCACCUGUGAGAUGUUCCACCCUAACAUCUAUCCUGAUGGCAGAGUCUGCAUCUCCAUCCUGCACGCUCCCGGUGAUGACCCCAUGGGCUACGAGAGCAGUGCCGAGCGGUGGAGCCCAGUGCAGAGUGUGGAGAAGAUCCUGCUCUCCGUGGUGAGCAUGCUGGCAGAGCCCAACGAUGAGAGCGGAGCAAACGUCGAUGCUUCCAAGAUGUGGCGGGACGACCGCGAACAGUUCUACAAGAUCGCCAAGCAGGUUGUGCAGAAGUCUCUGGGGCUCUGAGGCCACCCCGUGCGCAGCCGGUGCUGUCCUUGAGAGCACGCGGUGACAGUGCUGCCACGCCAACACCAACACAGGCAGCUGCAGAGCCACAGGCCCCAUUGUUUCUUCCUCCACCCCUGCCCGGCGGCUCCCCUGAGAUCAUGACUGGGAUAACGACAGCCACUGCGCUGCGAGACUCCUCCUGCCUGCCGCGCCCGGGGCCAGGCUGUCCUCACUACCUCUCCCAGCCACGGUCGGGUCCUCAGCUCUGCUCCUUCUGCAGUGCUGAUGACCUGUUCUUCCUGUCGUCUGCCAGGGACUGGAUACCAGUGCUGCUCCUUCUGAGGACAUGGGGCCUUGGAAAAAGCAGUGCAAGCCUGUUGUCCCUGCCUCUCAGUUCCCUGGUGUCCCGGGAAGCAUUCUGAGCUUCUUUUGACACUUUGCACUUAGAAGCCUAGGUUGCCUUUGGCGUGGUGACAGAGGCUUGCUGUGUGCGCCACAGUUGUCACCAUAGCCCCUUCCAGGGGAUGCUUUGUAAGUGGGUUCAUGAGGAGGGGGCGUGGCUCGGCAAGACUGCUACUUUUUCUGGUUGCAUGCAUGUCUGAGUUAGCGGUGCACACGCCAGGCGGGACUGCCAGAGCUGUGGUGUGGGCUCCUGCGGGGCUCUGCAUACUCACCUUGGCCGCACCAGGUUCGGCUCUUGGAUCAAACUGUUCUUCGCUGUCAGGGCUGGAAGGGGAUCUGCCACUAGGUGCUCAGCAGAGGAGCUCCUUCUGAACUGGACGGGCUGGCAAGCUGCUGUGUGCACCAGGGGUGGGGGGCCUGUCAGCAGCAGGCCCGGGCAGCAGGCCCGAGCAGACCCCACAAGCAAUAACAGAUCCGAGUGGAAGGGGAUGCUUGGCCUUUUCUAAACAGGUUACAUUUGAACACGAGUUUCUAUUUUUAGAAUGCAGCUUCUCUGGGGAGUGCGCAGAUCUCACCGCGCCUCGUCUGCUUCUGUCCCACGCCCACAUGUCAGUGGCCAGCACUGCAUGUUUCAUGGUGUUAGCAGUUCCCAGCUCUGGGGCUCCAGAGGGCAGUGUGGGGACCUGUGCUUUCCUUCCCUGGGGACUUCCAUCCAUUUGAAAUGCAAGAGGUGCAGGGAGGGAAUUGUACCGAAAUAGUAUUGUAGGCUACUGAGAUGAAGGCCUCUCUGUGCGGGUGUGGUCUGGGUGGGGACUGUCCACGCACAGAGUGGCCGCGGGGCGUGUCGCCAUCCUCGGGCCUCCCUGGCAACUGGGGGAGGAAGAGAGGCAGUCUCUUUGCAAAACAAAGUAUUUUUAUUCAUUUGUAUUUAUUAAAUGAAAAAAAAAUUCUCUGGUGUUCCUCUUCUGAGGUGGACUUUACUUGCUGUUAAAUAAACUGUGUACCUGUCCUCACA